AUGGUUGAAAGAGACGCUAUCGAGACACUCCUGAAAACGGGUUCCUGGAGGACCACCCGCUCCAGGAGCCCUCACCCGUAUGAUCCACGUAGGGACUCACGCAGGACCUACGGAGACUCUCGGCCAAGCAGCAGCGGGAACAGAGCCUACAGACCGACCGAGCCCCCCAUACGCCGCAAACGCCCGCCGCCGCCAUGUUGUGAGGACGAGGAGGAGUCGUUGGCGAAAGAGCACCAAGGAGAAGCCACGCCAUCCUCGCCCGAUGAGGAAGCCCGACACCGUGGCGAGAUUGACCAGCAGCCCAUUAUACUUGAGGUGCACGAGAAUAACCCCGAACGCCGCUUCGUUAUUGUGCCUGGUGCUGCGGAAGGGGAAGACGCCCCCAAAACCACCCAGGCACGGUACGAGCACAACACGUGCCGCAAAUAUGUGAUUGUGCCCUCCGAAAAAGGGACAGAGAGCGGGGAAAGUGAAAACGUGGGGGAUAAGCAUAAAUCUGAUGCGCCAAGAGAAGGGUCGCCAAAAGAGAGUUCUCCUAGGGAUGAGGAAUACCGCGAACGUCGCAAAGACCCGGCCGAAGUUCAGAAGCGGAGAAGUCACCAGGAUCUGCCACGCCUCAACACUGAGUUCCAAGAGGAAGAGGAGCCGAAAAUUCGCCGGUCUAACAGCCGGCGCGACCGAGAGAAGCCGCUUGUGCACCAGGAGGCUCAAGCUCAAGGCCCGAGCCAUGAUACGACCCGCGAGCGAUCCAACACUCGGCCGACCGACGGCGACUUUCUAUUACCUGGAUCGGUCAAAAUCGGUAGUAGAAGACGUGAGAGGGCUUACUCAGACGUCAGAUCCGACACCGCUUCAAGAUUGGGCCGGAGCCCAUCCACACGGAGGGAUCCCGAAAUCGAAGUGUCAUCCGAUAGGAGGCGCGCCCCCCACUCGUCGAGGUACACGCCGAGCUCGUCGACUCACUAUCGUGCCUCAUCUACGACCACUGUACCGACGCGGGACGGCCAAUAUGUCGAUAGAGCCGCACUCGUUCAGCCCUACAGCUAUGGUGACCCCGAAGACAUCUUCGCUUUUAUGGCACCAGGCGACGAUUUUAUGACCGGAAAACCGACAACAAGAGAGGUGUCGCCUCCUAGGAGAGCUUUAAAUAAUGAAUCGCCUCCUCCUCAUCCCCGUGGCGCAAGGGAAAUGCCCAAUGCCUCGCCGAGCCGUAGACGUCAGGUUCGACCUAGCACGCGGGAUCGGGAGCCAGAUCGAGAUCGGGAUCGAGAUCGAGGGAGAGACCGAGAUGGAUACUCCAGCGAUGAUAGCUACAGGGAGAGGCGCGCUAACUGGGGCAGCCGUCCAUUGCCCACACGCCCUGUAGGGGAACAGGACGCUUCAUCCGCAGAUCAAGGCCGGCGCCCGACAAGCUCCAGGCUCGGAGCCGUUCCGCCUUUGGGAGCCCCCAUUUCGGACGAACCCCUCCUACCGGGUCCGCGGAGUGCUACUUUCCCGUCCGAUAAAAGCAGAAGCCGCGGCGAGCGUUCUAUCUCGCCUCCUACAGCCGCCAGCGCUUCCCCAUCCCGAAGGCCCGCACCAACCACCAAAGCCGGGCCAUCGGGACGCCAUUCCCGUGACCCCAGCGUUGGCUCUAUGUCAACGUCCUCCCCUCCUCUACCACCCCCCACCCAAGCUCCGCGGCCGUCUACCCUCGACCGAACGGUACCAAGCAUAUCAGCAGCUGUUGCUCGGCUGACGGCCGCCGAAGCGCAAUCACCCAUGCUGUAUUGGCAGUCUGGCCGAACCGCCACUCAGCCCGGGGGACGAGCGGUUGCCGCCGACGACGACGACGCGAUACGCGUGGGCCUCUUAAAGCUACCUGAGUGCCGUUGGAAAACUCCCACGUCAUAUUUCAGCCAGUUGGGGGGUGAUGGGUUUCGGGCAUUAAAAAGGGCCGAGAAUUUUGAGAUCUGCCCUGAUUGUUUCGGGGCGUUGUUUGCCAACACCGAGUACCACAAUCUCUUCGUGAUGGCUGGCUCGCGCGUCGGCACUCAGCUCAUCUCGUGCGACUUCGGGUCCUCGGUUUGGUACCGCAUCGCUUACCUGCUUACCCUCAAACACGACUUUCCAGACCUGCGCCUGCUGCAAGGGAUAGCAUCCGUUGCGGCCCGCAAACAAGACUGUCCCGGGAGAAGUACUGUAGCACGCAACUGGUACAGCAUGAUGGCGCCGGGUGCUCGGCGUCCUGUCAAAGGGUUCAACGUCUGCCCCAGCUGUACCAGGAUGGUCGGGGUCCUCUUUCCUGAGCUCGCCAGUCUAUUUGUGCCUCUUAAUCCUCAUGAAACGCAGCUGGGCAUUUGCGAGUUGCACUUUGUCGAGGAGAGAAAGCGGUUCUUUGACUAUAUCGAGGAAAUGAACGACACGUCCGACAUGGCCCUCACAAACAGAACGGCUCCCAACCUCGUCGAACUCGUCGACCGGGUGCGGGAAAUCUCCAUACACCAGGAAUGCGUGGGCAACAUUCCAGUCCCGGGUCGCAAAUGGCACGUCCUACAACGUAUACCCAACUUCACCGUCUGCGAGGAAUGUUUCAACGACGUCGUCUGGCCCAUGAUCGAAGACAAGGACAGCGAAAGCGAGAUGCCGCGCAACUUUUACAAGCAGAAACAGCAGCGCUCGUGGGCCAGCUGCCUGCUUAGCGGCGAGCGCUUGCGCCGCGCGUUCGACAAGGCGUGCAAGUACGACGACUUUGACUACCUUGAUGCGUAUACUGAGCAGCAUAUCAGCAUCCUGGCUCCGCUGCAGGAUCGGUAUAUUGAGUUGAUGCCGUCGGCCCGGUCCGGGAAUCCGGAGUCGGCUGAGUUGCUGCAGGAUUUGAGCAAGCAGCUUGUGGAUGUUGAGCAGGUCGUUGGUCAGAUGGUGGGUUAUUAA